AUGGCAUCUCGUAAAAGGCGGUACCGACACCGUGUUCGGUGCGAGGAAUGCAAUAAGGAAAUCGAUAGUGAUUAUCAAGAGGUGCAUUCUCGAUUGGUUCAUAAUGGUAAAAAAGUAAAAUGCCAUCCAGUAAUGGAAUCAUCAGACUCAUCCCAGUCGAAAAUCAGUAAUUUCUUUCUAAAAAGUAACAUGACAACCAAGGACGAUGACCUGCAGUAUGACAUAACCCAACCUGGAACUGAAUCGAGUGGUAGUAAAGACUUUGCAGCCACAGUGUCUUUUGAUGAAGAUCUGCCGGACAAAAAUGUGAAGGAACUCGUGAGCAAAGAACCAAUAACGGCGUUCAUUGAUGAUGUUGAAUUAAAUGCAUUGUCACAGCUCAGAGAAAAUAGUGAACAGAAUACAGUGACAGAUAGCGAAAAUGUUACACCAGAAUCAAUGACGAUGUCUAGUAUUCUAGCAGCUACACCAAUGGAUGAUCUUAGUUCACCAGCACAUAUUCUAGACGAACAGCCUGAAAAGGUUUCCAUUCCCAGUGAAAAUACAGAACAGAUUUCGUCCCUUCACGCCCCAAAACAGCCUAUAUUAGCGGAGUAUCCUGCAAGAAAAUUCGGCAAUGAAACAUUUGUGCGAAGAUUUCAAUCUGAAUGGUACAAGAAGUAUCCGUGGAUAAGUUAUGAAGUGGAUAAGGAUGCAUGCGUGUGUUUUGCCUGCGUGGAAUUUGGGAAAGAUACUUCAUUUGUGUUUAAGAAUUGGAAGAAGUCAGCAAAGCUAGCAAAACACGGCAAGAGCGAGAACCAUGUCAGGUCCAUGGCAAGAUGGCUUCAGUUCAAAGCAAUGCAGAGAAACAAAACUUCCGUCCUACAGCAGCUGAGUACUGCACACAAGGACCAGGUUGCCAGUAACAGACAAUACUUAAAAGUAAUCAUACAAUCCUUGAUGUAUACUGCGCAACAGAAUGUUGCGAUUAGAGGUCAUGAAGAGACCCGGAAUGAUAUAUGGGAGGUAUCUGACAUAAAUCGAGGGAACUUUCUCGAGUUACUUUGCAUAAGAUGCAACGAUUUGCCUUGGCUGAGGUCUAAACUGCAAAGCCAGCUCCAGUUACAUGCUCAGUGGACAUCGCCUGUUGUUCAAAAUGAACUACUAGAAAUAGUAGCAAACGUCAUGCUUGAGAGGAUAGCAGCUGAAGCGAGAAGUAGCGACUAUUACGGAAUAGUUGUAGACGAAACAGCAGAUAUCAGUCGAACAGAGCAAGUAUCCAUUUUCCUUAGAUAUGUUUUCAAUGGCGAAACUAAAGAGACAUUUAUUGGUUUCUAUUCAACUAAAUCCACGGAAGGGGAAGUAUUAUAUGAGCUAGUGAAGACAGCCAUUAGCAAGCUGGAGUUGAAGUUAGAAGACAUAGUUGCAGAAUGCUUUGAUGGCGCUGCAAAUAUGAGUGGCGCUCGUAAAGGGCUUGCCGCACGUAUGAAGGAGUGUUCACCUCUUAGUAUCUACGUUCAUUGCCAUGGACAUCGGCUUAACUUGGCGCUACAAGAUACUAUGACCACAAUUGAGCCACUUCAGAAAGCUUUAGGCGUGAUCCAGAGUCUCCAUAAUUUUUUGGAAGGAAGUCCCAAACGCCACGCUAUCUUCAAGGAUAUCGAAGUCGAAGAUGAGGGCGAAGAUUUUAAACUGACAAUUAAAUCGCAGAGCGCUACUAGAUGGUCUUGUCGCUGGGCAGCUGUAAAGGCAGUGGUAAACCAAAUGCCUAAGAUCAUCGAGGCUCUUCUCUCACUCUCAAAAGAUCGUGAUCCGAAGACGUACAAUGACAGCAAUUCCCUACUUAACUCGAUUUGUGACUUUCGAUUCGUUUUUGGUUUGAUGGUAUUAAAGGUUGUUUUGUCCAACACCGAUGGUUUGAGCAGAUACCUACAAGGAAAGCAGAUGGAUGUCGUAACGGCAAAGAAGAGUGUUGAUGGCGUGAUCAAAACACUAAGUGAAUGUCGUACCCAGGAAAAUUUUGAUCUCUUGUGGUCGCGCGCUGAAAUCAUGGCAGACAAAAUCAAGGAACAAAUUGAGGGUACUGAUUUCAAUUUCAAAGAUGCAAAGGUACCAAGACUCAAACAGCCAUCACGCCGGCUGCAGACACUUGUCGGCGAAAUGCCUGAAGUGAAUGCAGAAGUGGAGUACCGAACAGUGGAAGACCACUAUCGUAUCACAUGUUACUACCUAAGCAUUGACAGGAUUGUCGCGGAGAUGAAAUAUAGAUUUGAAGGUAAUGAUCAAGAGGUGCUAUUGGCACUUGCAGACAUAGUCUUCAGCAGCUCUCCGACCAUGAAGAAUAUUGAGUUGGUAUCAGACUUCUAUAGUAUCGACAGUGAGCUUCUUGGCAGUGAGAAAAACGUCUAUGAGAAUAUUGAUGCUGAUAACCCUGAUCCUGAAAGAAAAAACGCCGCUGAAAUUGUGAGGAAAAUGUUUGAAAAUGGUGUUCAUGAAGUUCUUCCUGUUGCUUACAAAGUAUUUUCGAUUCUGGCCACGAUCCCUGCAACAUCCUGCUCUGCUGAGAGAUCUUUUAGCGCUCUUCGCCGCUUGAAAACCUAUCUUCGAAGUACAAUGGGGCAAAAACGCUUAAACAGCAUUGCCCUUAUCAAUAUUGAGAGAGCUUAUGCAAAUAGCACUUUAAAGAACGAUAUGGAAAAGAUAAUUGACAUUUUUGGACAGCGACGUAAUCGUAAAUCAUAUUUCUUCUAG